GGCUCAUCGUAGGCUGUGCGCGGUUUUUCAUGUCCUGCGUGAGAACACGGUGAGCCAUGAGGAAGAAUGAAAAGCUGUGGAAUAAUACAGUCAGCCCUUAACUAUGUGAGAUCUUUUAUAAUCUCCCUUCUUAAGAUGUGUUCAUACUUUACCCUUUUUAUAGUUUUAUACUCACUUAAUAUGCCUGACGAAUCAUUCGGCGAGAUGUUCACUUCGAUGAUGAGCGUGAAUCAGGCUGUUUCUGCCGAAAGAAAACUCAUCGAUCACUUAAGGAUAUACAUUGAACACGAAGCACAACGCUUGGAAGAUAUUAAAAGGUUCUUUUCAAGAGUCACAUCAUUGCAUGAUGGGAUGUACAACGAGCCAUCAGAAACCAUAGCCAAUCCAAUUGCUGCAUUUAAACUGGUCAAAAGACUUAAAUCCGAAUGGUUGAAUGUUGUCCAAAGCACUGAAGCUGAAGAAAACAUUAAAGUCCUUAGGGAGGACUACAGGAGGAUGGAAAGCAGUUUGCCCAAACUGGAGGACCUUCAGGGGGCAGCGCAGGGGCUGAUGAGACUUCAGGAUGUGUACAAUCUGCGCGUGGAGAACCUUGUGCGAGGUCACUUCCAGCAAAUCACUGAUGGAAAUCCUGUUGACUUUUACAAACUCCCUGUCUCUGAUACGCUCUCCGGGGAUGAUUGCUUUCUUGUUGGAAAGGUGGCCUAUGAUCUGGAAGAUUACUACCAUUCUGUGCUGUGGUUUGAGGAGGCCGUUCGACUCUUCCGAAGAACUGAAUGGAGUCCAGAAAAUGAAGGCACGCUUGAAGAUGCCCUUGACCAUUUAGCUUUCUCUCAUUUCAAGACUGGAAACGUUUCCCACGCCCUCAGUCUCUCCCGGGAACUAUUGCUUCAUGAUCCCAUGAACAGAAGGGUACAUUUCAAUGUGGAGAAAUACGAGAAACUCAUAAAUGAAAGUCUACCUGCUACUAGCAAUGGCUUGGCUUUGAAAAGGCCCGACAGCAUCUAUUUGAGAACCAGGAAUGCCUAUGAACAGCUUUGCCAAACCAAAGGAUCUCAGCCAAGGCAUUUUGAGAAUCCCAGUUUGUUCUGUGACUGUUUCACCAACAGCAGCCCUGGUCUACUCCUACAGCCAAUCAAGCGAGAGAUAAUCAGCCUGCACCCUUAUGUGGUGCUCUUUCAUGGCUUUGUCACCCAAGCUGAAGCCAAAAACAUCAAACAAUAUGCAAUGCCAGGGCUCAGAAGAUCAGUGGUGGCGUCAGGCGUGAAUCAGGCCACUGCUGAAUAUCGCAUCAGCAAGAGCGCAUGGCUAAAAGAGUCAGCCCACGAGGUUGUGGGUAAGUUGGAUCGGCGCAUCACCUUGGUAACCGGAUUGAAUGUGGAGCCUCCUUUUGCCGAAUAUCUCCAGGUUGUAAAUUAUGGGAUUGGAGGACACUAUGAACCUCAUUUCGAUCACGCCACAUCUGACUCUAGUCCAUUGUACAGACUAAAAACUGGAAAUCGAGUGGCUACAAUCAUGGUAUAUCUGAGCCCUGUGCAAGCAGGAGGAUCCACAGCCUUUAUCUAUGCCAACUUCAGUGUUCCUGUUGUGCAGAAUGCUGCUCUUUUCUGGUGGAACCUGCAUAAAAAUGGCCAAGGAAAUGUUGACACUCUUCAUGCUGGCUGCCCGGUCAUUGUUGGUGAUAAAUGGGUUGCCAAUAAGUGGGUUCAUGAGUAUGGACAGGAGUUCAGACGUCGCUGUAGCCUUAAUCCUGAGGAGUGAAUGAAACAAGAGCCCUCAACGGUUAACAUCCUUCAAAAUGAGGGAACAAAAAGCUGAAAACGAAAGACAUCAACAACCACUUCAAGUGAACUGCGACGACAGCAUUGUGAAGAGAGGAUGAUUCUCAUGGAUGUCUGAUGGGCGUAGUGUGUGUCAGAGAAUGAGGUAGGAAUGCAGCCUUAGGGUCAGACUGACCUCUUGUUCCUGCUUAAGAAGAUGAACACCAGAUUGUUUGAUGAAAACUGAACAUACAGAUGUUUACAUGAGUAAUGAACGAAAAUUUGUGGUCUUGUUCUGUUCUGGCAGUAAACAAUGUAUUUAUUUUUUUAUUACUACACAAUUGGAUAAAGAUCAUUUGCACAUUUAGAUGUUUGUUAGCUUUGAAAUACUACAUGUGUUUGAAUCUCAGUGGUAAUUUUGGAGGAGCACGAGUGCCUCAAAACUGUGGACUUUGCAGAAUCUGCACUUUUUUGUUCUAGGAACUGACCACAAAUUAGGAAACCGAGGAGCUCAAAGCAACAGGCUGGCUUAUUUCGCAAAAAAACACCACUCGAUUGCUACAUCUUUGACUCCAAGCGGAUCUGCCUCAUGAAAUCUUGUGCGACUUCAUAGUGGUGGUCCUAAAAAAGGCACAGAAGAGAAGUCUUUGAAAUCACAUCGGACUUCGAAACUUUAAAGUCAUUCAGGUUUUAUGUUGGAGUUCCAUCAGGAUCAUGGCUUUUAUUAUUUUUGUUAACCCUAUAAUGCUUUUGAGGCUUCUUAUUUUCAAUCUAUUCAUUUCACUCCACAAUUUCCUUCAGAAAUGUUCACAUGUGCUUCAAAUAGAAUUAGCAAUGCUGAGAAAACAACCAUCAUGUGGAAGUGUUUGACCUGCUUAAUUCCCUGAAAUUCCUCCAUCUAAUAAAGAUCAGGUCAGAAAGA